GGUAAAACGCAUUUAUAUUAAAUACAAAAUUCAAAUUUACUACUUAAAAGAGUUGCUUUAACUCUAAUUACUUCACCAUGGUUUUUGAAUCGAUUGUCGCCGAUUUGAUAAAUCGAUUUUUGGGAGAGUAUGUGGAGAAUCUGGAUAGAAAGCAGUUAAAAAUCGGUCUUUUCGGAGGCGAUAUUGUAUUGAACGAUCUUAUAAUCAAACACACUGUUUUAAAUGAAUUGGACUUACCGAUCACUGUAACAUAUGCUCGUUUGGGAAAAUUAAUUUUGAAGAUUCCAUAUACGGAAAUUUACAAAGCUCCUGUUGUUGCGAUUGUUGAGCGCUUAUAUCUUCUCGCGGUUCCCAACAACUCCAUCGUGUACGAUGCUGAAAAGGAGAAAAACCAACAGAUUGAAGCGAGGAAAAAUGAAAUCCUCAAAAUUGAAAAGGCAAAAUUGGAUCAGGAGGAAAAAGAUAAACCAAAAAUGGAAAAGGGGUUUGCAGAAAAAUUAGUCACACAAAUUAUCAAUAACAUUCAAAUCAAAAUCAAUGAUGUUCAUAUUCGUUAUGAAGACCGUUAUACCAUAAACACACCUUUUGCAUUUGGUGUCACUCUUAGUAAGUUGAGUGUCCACACUACAAAUGAAAACUGGAUAGAAGAAAUAGUACAAGCAUCGGUAACAAAGAUAUUCAAGGUGGCACAACUUGAAGGUCUUGCUGUAUAUUUAAACCAUGAUGCAAAAUUAUUCCAAUCAGAAGAUAUUUCAAAGUAUCCUGCAUUAUUCAAGGAAUCGAUUGCUUCCAAAACGGAUUGGCCUAGUGACUAUAAUUACAUUUUUGGACCAAUUUCUUUACUUACCAAACUACAACUGAAUCCGAAGCCAGAAGAAGACGAGAAUCCUUAUACGAUUCCAAAAAUUAAACUGGGAAUAAAGAUGGAGAAACUUCGCUUAGGAAUAAGUCGUGAACAGUACAAAUACAUGACACAAUUGAUUGAAGUAAUGGGUAGGAUGGUUAGAGGAACACCAUACAGAAAAUAUAGACCUGUUGGAAUACCAUAUCGAGGACAUUAUCGAGCUUGGUGGAAAUUUGCUUACGAAUGUAUUCUUGAAGUGGAAGUUCGAAGACGGAGAAAAAAUUGGGACUGGAAUCACAUAUUAGAACAUAGGAAUUCCUGCAAAGCUUAUGCCGAGGCGUACCGAACAAAAUUAACAUCCAAAAAACCCAGUACCGAUAUUGUCAAACAAUGUGAGGAGUUUGAACAAACACUCGAUUUAUACAACAUCAUAAUCAUUCGUCAAAAAAUUGAACUGGAAGUAGAAAAGUUAGGAAAACUAGAGAAGGAACAACCUAAAAAAGGUUGGUUUAGUUGGUGGGGUGGUAAAGAUGCGGAAACAAAAGAAAGCGAUUCAACAGAUGACAUAAAGAAAAAGUUUGAGGCUGCAAUGACAUCCGAAGAAAAAGCAAAACUCUAUGAUGCCAUUGGCUAUCAGGAGAACUUCACUCCAACUGAAGAUCCUGAGCACUUCAUAGGGACUGAUAUCACAUUUGAACUGGAUGCUUUAGAAGUCGUUGUUCGUGAUGAAAUCUUUGACACUAGUUUGGGCGACUUAUUCGAAGAAAUUCUAUUUUUACAACUUAAAGGAGUCAUUUGUAAUGUACAACAAAGAUCAGCAGCAAAUGCAUUGCGAUGUGGCGUACAAAUGGACGAAUUCCGUAUCGAAGGUGUGAAGCAAGAGGGAGAAAAACCAUUAAUGGUAACGUCAAAUAUGAUCGACUCGCCUGGAGUACUAUUGGAUAUCAUGUUUGAAACAAAUCCAAUUGAUAAGAAAUGUGACCAACGAAUCAAGAUAUCGUCUAAACCAAUUCAAAUCGUCUAUGAUGCUAAAACAAUUGUACAAUUGAUUAAAAUAUUCCAGACUCCUAAAACAACAACGAUAAACAUGCUCCAAGAUGCGGCAGCUGAAAAAUUAAUAAACAUAAAAGAGCGAUCAGCUACUGGAUUACAAUAUGCUAUAUCUAAGCAUACAAGGCUAGAAUUGGAUAUCGCUUUCAUGCCCAGUUAUUUGAUUGUUCCAUUCGGAGGAGCAUAUAAACGACAAGAAUCAGUAUUGGUCCUCAGUCUGGGCAAACUGAUUGUUCGAACAGAGCCUCGUCAAACAAAUGAUACAGAUAUUCGUUCAAUGCAUCAAGCUGGAGCGAAGCAGGAAGAUAUUUUAGCAGAAAUAAUUUCUAGAAGCUAUGACCGAUUCACUUUUGAAAUACAAGAUGUACAAGCAAUCGUGGCAAAGCCAGAAGAAAAUUGGCUCAUAUCCAUUACAAAUUGUGUCGAGACGAAAAUGCAUCUUUUGCAACCAACCUCUUUGAAAGUCAUGGCGAGUCUUUGUGUAAUCGACGACGAUCCCCGUUUACCAAAAUCUAAAGUUGCCGGUGAACUAUCAAGCAUCAAUGUUUGUGUCACUCAAGACCGUGUUAUGGAAUUAAUAUCCAUUCUCACAAGUAUUCCCUUGCCCGAGUCAGACAAUGUUGUCCCUACACAACUAAGUAAAGAUUCCAAUAGAUUUGGAUCGAGCAUUUCGCUAUUAAAGUACUUGGAUGAUAGACAAAAGAACGUUAGUACCGCAAUACCUGACACAGUUUACGAGGUAGAUGAAACUGAGGUUACACAAUUCACCGAUAUAGAAAUUUCAUUUGUGUUAAACGAGUUUAAUUUGACAAUAUGCAACAAUGAAUCUUCAAGUAAAAGUUCAUCUGAUAUUUUUGUGACACCCACUGGAGAGUUCCCUACAACACCCGUGAAUGAUGUCAUCUCUCAAGCAGCACUUUCAUUCGAUUACCCUGCACCUUUUGAAAAAAAUAAGUUAUUACAUUGCAAAGUCAAGCAAUUGGAAAUUAAUUUAGUUCAACGCACAUAUGAUCUUAAAAUAGACUUAAAAUUGGGAGCCAUUGCUGUAGAUCAAUAUCGCCGAAGUAAUGAUGUUGAAACAGUUCUUAACAUCAUUAAUACCCCAAAAUACGAUAAGAACUCAGACUACCUCUUUAUUUUGAAUUACAUCAACUGCAAGAGAUCAUCUCCUGAAUUUACCACAAAGUAUGGUAGUGUUGAACAACUGCUUGAAAUAAAUUUUUCAACUCUUUUGGUUUUAUUACAUCAAGAAGGAAUAAAUGAGCUGUUAGAGAUCUUGAGUGAUAUUCAAACUAAAGUGGAUAAUUUGUUAAAAACAAACAAUGAAAACAAAAACAGAAUUGCUCAGACAAGCGAUGAACCUAUUCCAACAGCAAUACUGAAUGUAACAAAAGGAAAGUUACCAGCUAUUUUGGAGGACGAGUCACAUUCGAAACGCCAAUCGAACAUCAAGUCCAGCCCUCCAGUUGUUGACAGCAUCAAGUUCAAAGUUAUUGCGAAACUGGAGGAUGUUGCUGUCGAGCUACAAAAUGAGAGCAGGUCUCUCGCAAUAUUAGAAUUUCAAAACUUACAAGCAGGAGUCAGCAUUAAAUCAUCCUAUACUGAUAUAAAACUCAAAUUGCAGGAUAUUAUAGUCACUGAUCGGAACCCAAAUGCUGUUCAUUCGAAAAUUUUAUCAAUUGUAGGAGACAAUGCACUCUCGUGCGAAUUGGUUUUAUUUAAUUUAGAUGAAACUUCGUCGUAUAAUUCAGACAACAUGAACAUUACUAUAACGAUGGGAUGCGCGAAAAUAGUUUUCCUAAAUCUAUUUGUAUCAUCUGUUCUAGAUUUCCUAGACAACUUCCAAGCAGCUCAGCAGAAAAUUAAAGAUGCUAGUGCAUAUGGGUUAGAAGCUGCCAAAACAAAUGUCGUGGAGGCGUACUCCCAAGCUACCCGAAUGAAGUUGAAUAUAAAAAUUAAAGCCCCUCUAAUAAUCGUUCCAGUUGAUUCAAAAACUGUGGAGGCGAUUGCUGUAGAUUUGGGUUUUUUAAGCAUCACGAAUAAGUGUACGGAUAUUAUGACUAAUCAUGAACUAAGUCCAGCCGUUAUUGAUAUAAUGAAAGUCGAAUUGAGCGACAUGAAAUUGUCAAAAGUCAUCGUAAGAGCAGCGGAUGAUGUUGGACAUUCGAGAUUUGGUGGAGACGAACUGUACUAUGGUAUUCAAUCAGACUCACAAAUUCUCUGCCCUACUAGCUUUACUUUAAUUUUGAAAAGGAAUUUAUCGGCCUCCUGGUACAAAGAGCAGGCAGAAAUUGACAUAUCCGGUAGAAUUGAUUCCAUUGAACUAAAUAUUGCAUCUAGUGACUAUGUGAUGGUAAUGAGUAUACUUUCUAAAAAUAUGGCAGAAACAGCUUCUACUAAAAAACCUGUUGCAGCUGCAACUCCUUCUGCUCCACCUAAAAUUGAACAACAAACUAGCAUCAAAAAUAAAAUGCCCACCGAUAAGUCUGUAGAUGUUCCCAGUGAUUCAACUGGAUCACAUUCCGCUCUCUCGCAAGAUAAGGUUGUCGUUGACACCUUCCUCAAAUUCAGCUUCCAACUAAAUAGCAUCAAGAUUAAUCUCUUUACUGCUCCUAACGAGGGAUUGGCAACAUUUGGAUUGUUUUACAUUUCGGUGAAAGGUCAAAAGUUAGUCGAUAGCUGUUUGACUACAUCCAUUGUUUUGUGCGACGUACACUUGGAUGACACUCGGUCAAAUCGUCAAAACAAAAUAACAAAAUUUAUGCAUCGCCGCGAUCACCCAAACAAUUCGACAAACGAUCCAGUCCGAUCAAUGAUCGAUGUUACGUUGAAUAUAAAAGAAAACGACAUGUUUGCGGAUGUAAAAAUCUUCAGUUUCAAUCUGAUAUUGUCCAUCGAUUUUCUCAUGAAAAUCAGUAACUUUUUCCAAACGGAAACGAUGGACAAAGCAAACGAUAUCAAGAGCGUGGCAAACAAAAACAAGCAAGUUCAAUCUGCAGCUCUUGCAACUCAAAAACAAGAAAACAACUCGACUAUGACUCUAUUGUUGCACAUUGAGCAACCCGAUAUAAUUUUGGUUGAACGGAUGGAUGAUGUUAAUUGUUAUGCCCUUAUUUUGAAUAAUGAGGUGUCCGUUAAAGUUAGGCAAGUUGGAGAUAAACAAGUUAUCAAAGGAGAAAUACAAAACUUCUGUCUAUACUUAAGUGAAUUUAAUCCGGAUGUUCGCAGUACUGCUAAAAACUAUAUUAUUGACCCUUGUUCGAUUACUUUAAAUGGCUCAAUGCCUUAUGAAGAGCAAAUGAAUAUUUCUAUUUUAACAUCUGAUAUAAAAGUUUCCGUUUCACCUUCCACGAUCGAAUUAUUAAGUAACAUUGUUCAUACAAUGACAACUGCAGAAAAUUUAGUAUCUGAGACCACAGAACCGUUACCUGAUUUGAAAGACAUUUGGAAAGAAGAGACAUUUGAAAAUGAGGACUUUUGGUUUACAAAAAUAGAUGAGCCAGAAGAAGGAGUUGCAGCUGAAUUCGCACUUGUUCAUAACUCCAAAUCAGAAUCGUGCAUAGUUCAAGUUCCGUCUCUCGUAAUUAUUAUAGAAACCGGAGUGGGAGUUCACACCAUUCCAAUGCUUUUUGUUGAGGCAAAUAUGGAGGCCAAAAUAAAGAAUUGGUCGUCUGAUAUCUCCGUAGAUGGUACUUUGAGACUCGGAACUUCAUACUAUAACAAUAAAAUGGCUGUAUGGGAGCCGCUAUUAGAACCGAUUGAACGAGAAUUACCAAGUGGCGAAACAGAUUAUCAACUCUGGGAAUUAAAUUUCGAGAUGAACGUAGACAACAAUCAAGAUAAAGAUGAUGGGGAUGAAUCAAGCUCGACCACAAAAAUGAAAAUAUCUUCUAUUAAUACAUUGGAAUUGACCGUUACAAAUACAAGUUUGGAGGUGUUACAAAAUUUAAGCAAAGCAUUUUCUGAAGCAAUGAAACCUACUGGAAUCGCAAAAUUAGAACCUGAAGCUCCGUAUGUAGUGGUAAAUGACACUGGCGAAAUAAUAUCCUUAGAUUUGAAGAAGAGUGGAUUCGUAAUGUAUACCAUGCAUAGAGACGUUAAUUGCGAAGACGAGGAAACAAUAACUAUUGGACCAAAUACAAGAACAUUCCUACAGCCAGAAGUGGAAUCAAAUGUUCUCGAAUCAUUUUUCUUAUCGAAAUCUAAAAAUCAAAACAAUUCUCAGGAAAGAUUUUUAUAUGUAAAUAUUGGAGAUAUGGAUAAGCAAAUUUGUUUACCUGUGUAUAAAGCUGAUCACAGAUAUUUUCCAUUGUACCGCGACUCCAAUCAGGAGCCAUGGGCAAUCGUAUCAGAAGUAAAGAUAAAUUUGGAUUCUAUUCACGUAACAUUAAGAAGUAUUGUACAAGUACACAACCAUUUCACAGCUCCAAUUUCGAUUUAUUGCAUUGAGAAUGAUCAAUAUCAAGAAAUUGCUGAGGUUCUUCCCAACCAACGACACAAUGUACCUCUAUCAGCAGUUUAUUUGCAAAAAAGGGAAUUGUAUUUUUCUAUGCAAGGUUAUAAACCUUCAGCUCAAGGCAUCAGUUGGAAAGAGGGUUCGAGUAAUUUUAACUUAUCUAAAAGUCUUCAAUGCGAUCCUCUAAAUACUUACGAACCCUUUUUUAUAAAUGCAAUACGAGAACGCCAAGAAGUUUUCCACGAAGUUACUACAAGACAUACUAUGUUAAGCGCCUCUUAUAUAAUUCAUUUGCGACCAACACUCACUUUGAAGAACUGUCUUCCUAUAGAGAUUCAAGUUUGUGUUUUAGGAUGUAGCGUAGCCCGAGAAAUACCUCUCGAUUCUCCGUCGGCUAAUCAAAGUGAAGGACAAGAUUACUUAGACUAUGGAAUUAAGGAAGUAAAGCCCGGCGAAAUUUUGCAUCUACCAACAAUUAAAACAUCAUCAAAGCCUAAAGAUGCACAAACUUAUAUUGUUGUUAAACUAACACAAUAUCUGGAAAAGGAUUGGUCGUGUACAACUGAAGUGCCAUCUGAGCCAGUUGACUUUGUGGUUUGGACCUUUAAUUCUUAUGACUCGGUUGAGAUAGUGUCUCUUCAACUUGGUGUAAGAUGUGAAAAUAAGAAUAGUGGCAUGAUGUUGACAUUAUAUUGUCCUUUUUGGUUCAUCAAUAAAACUGGCCUUUUGCUGAAUUAUCGAGCGAGUGAUGAUUCCUCAAAUAUUUUGUAUCAUCCUGCCACAUUAAACCAGCCAAUUCUAUUUUCGUUCAAAGAAAAAUCAUUUUAUGGGAAGAAAAAGGCUACAAUUCGAGUUGCAAAUGGAGAUUGGUGUGAAAAGUUUUCCCUAGAUACGGCUGGCUCGAGUGGUGUAAUUUCCUGUAAAACAAACGAUGUAACUUAUCAGAUUGCUGUACACAACACCCUGACACAUAACUCUCUGACAAAACAAAUAGUCUUUAUGCCGUAUUACGUCAUCAUUAAUAGAGCACCCUUUACAAUUGAAGUACAAGAGCACCAAAGGCCAGCAGAUCCAUGGAUUAAGGUCAAAACAAAUGAUUGUGCUGCAUUAUGGCCCAAGUCUGAAAACGAAAAAGUGCUUCAUGCUAAAAUAGAAGACACACGCGAUCAAACACAACCUUUCAAGUAUACUGACGUUCAGUGUACGUUACUCAAACUAAACAACAAAUAUGGUGGAAUAAAUGUUGAUGUACAUGUAACUGAAGGAGCAGUUUACAUUACUUUUACUAAUUACCAUCAUGGAGAUGCUCCGGCUCUUCUUAUAAAUCAUUCUGAUAAACCAAUAACAUUUUGGGAGAAAGGAAACAUUAACAAAAGGUCAUUAAAUCCUAAAUCGAAGCUUCUGUAUACCUGGCAUGACCCAGCUGGCGAUCGUGUUCUUUUGUGGGCAAAUGGUACAAAGCACAUGGAAAAUGAUUUGCGUAAAGAUGGCAUCGGCAAGUUCAAAUAUGAAAAUGCCGACGAACAACUUUGGUGGAUUUCCUUUUUAGAUGGCACACAAAGAGUUUUAUUGUUUUCCAAAAAUGAUAGUAUAGCAAGCGGAACACAAGCAACCAACAGGUUCAAUCAAGUUACACAAGAAAUCAGUGUUGCUAUUCAUGGCAUUGGACUCUCGUUAGUAAAUAGCAUCGCACAAAAAGACGUUAUGUAUGUGGGAAUCGCUAGUUCCGGCGUAAUUUGGGAAGAAAAGAAAAAAUCUCGUUUCAAGUCCAUGAAAAUACAUGAGUCUCAAAUUUUGGAAGCAAAAUAUCAGGAGUUUUUAGAUGACGAUGUCAAUGGGAAAGCAGAAUAUGGCUUCAUUCCAGUAGAAGGAAAAAUGGAGGCCAAUUUCCGUACUAUGAAGAUUAAAAAAUCAUCAGAAAGAGACAUUCGUAGAACAUUCUACCCUGGACUUUGGGUAGAAUUAAAAACUUCUCCUUUCCAAAUGCAACUACAUGCAAAGAUUAAUCGAAUACAAAUUGACAAUCAACUUUCGGACUGUAUAUAUCCUGUUGUCCUUGCACCUGUACCUCCACCGAGAAGUGUCGCUACCUCCAUGGAACUGAAACCUUUUAUAGAAAUGAGUGUAGUUCAAAGAAUAAUUCCCCACUCGAAUGUCGCACAAUUCAAAUAUUUACAUGUUUUAAUGCAAGAAUUCCAUAUAAAGGUCGAUUUAAUUUUCAUCAAUGAAUUAUUUGAAAUCGUAUCUUCAGAAAGUACGGAAGAGGAAGCGAAAGAACUUUUUAUUAAAGAUUUGGAUGUACAAAAUCAACCGUUACUAGCUCAUGUUACCGUACAAACACAACAAGAACAAAAGAACUUUUACGAUAAUUUACAUUUGGGUCCUCUCAAAAUACAUGUUUCCUUCAGCAUGGCUGGAUCUGAAAGUUCUGCGCUUCCGGGCAUACUUUCUACUAUUUUGCAAGGUGUUGGUGUUACGUUGACCGACAUUAACGAUGUAGUUUUCCGUUUGGCCUUUUUCCAAAGAGAAUUUCAAUUUCUGACACAAAGACAAUUGAUUUCGGAAUGUGUGUCGCAUUACACAGGUCAGGCACUAAAACAAGUGUAUGUGCUUGUGCUAGGAUUGGAUGUCAUUGGAAAUCCCUAUGGAUUGGUUCUUGGAUUUACAAAAGGUUUUGAGGAUCUAUUUUAUGAACCGUUCCAGGGAGCCAUUCAAGGGCCAGGGGAAUUUGCUGAAGGUCUUGUUGUGGGUAUACGGUCGUUGUUUGGGCACACGGUUGGAGGAGCUGCUGGGGCAGUCUCGAAAAUUACAGGUGCUGUUGGCAAAGGAUUGGCUGCGUUGACGUUUGACAAAGACUAUCAAAAGAGUCGUCGAGAUGCCCUUAACAAGAAACCUGAAAACCUUCAAGAAGGUAUUGCUAGAAGUGGUAAAGGGCUCGUUAUGGGUGUUUUUGAUGGUGUCACUGGUGUCUUUACGAAACCAAUAAGUGGAGCUAAACACGAAGGCGUAGAAGGGUUUUUCAAAGGACUAGGAAAAGGAGCAGUUGGGUUAGUAGCAAGACCAACAGCAGGUUUUGUCGAUUUUGCAAGUGGAAGUUUUGAUGCAGUCAAGAGAGCAACUGACAUAUCGGGAGAGACUUUGCGUUUAAGACCGCCAAGGUUUUUGCACUCUGAUAACGUUCUUAAGCCAUACAGCAAAAAAGAAGCUGAAGGAAAUAAAUUAUUGCGCGAGGUUGAUAAAGGAAAAUUCGCUGCCACUGACACUUUUAAGAACUACGAGGUGAUCUACGACAAUAAAGAAGCAAUUCUUUUAACAGAUCAUCGAAUAAUAUAUACUAUUAAGAACGAUCUUUUUGGUGGAUGGCAGUCUGAAUGGUCAUACCAAUGGAACACUUUUAGUUCUGUCAUAGAAUGUGACAAAGGCAUCGAGUUAGUUUUGUCUCAACAAAAAAGCAAAUCAAAACUCAAGUCAAUGUUUGGCAAUUCUGAUGUGGGAAAGAAAAUCAUUUUUGUCAGCAGUUUAGAGAAACGAACGAGGCUUGUAGCCAUUAUAAAUCAAUUGAUUACGAACUAUUUGAGUCAAUAGAUGCCAGUGAAAACAAUCGUUUAUACUGUUUGUUACCUAAUCAACUAUUUUGAAGAAUAAAAUCAGUAAAUAAUAUAAUUGACACUU